GAUUGAUUUUUUGAAUUGCACGUGAUGAAAUUCCUCCCCUCUCUCCUGUUGGCAGCACAGUUGUCGACUGUGUCUCCGUUCGUCCUCCCACAUGAACCGCAGCAUGCACUGGCUAGCAACGGGACUCCAUUGCAAGCCUUGGCCUCCGACGAUGCAGAAGCAGCGAGAUCUUUUACAAAUCUCGGGAUCAAUCCCUCUGUAUUGAAUGCGAUUUGGUCGCGAUCGGACUGGGAGCGUCCAACUCCGGUUCAGCAAUUGGCUAUUCCUCGGCUUCUGGAACGGGGCGCAACCGAUGCAUUUUGGUGCGAGGCUCCAACGGGGAGCGGCAAGACAGCCGCAUUUCUGAUUCCUUUGUUGCAAAAUAUUUUGAUUGAUCGUACUCAAACCAAAAAACAGAAGGGAGAACGGGUCACGGCCUUGAUUUUGUGCCCGACCCGAGAAUUGUGUGUGCAAAUUGGGGGAGUCUUGGAUCAAAUGGUGGAUGACAUUGUAUCGAUGGACCGGAGGAAUAAAUACGAAGGGUUUUCUACCAUGGUUUUACACGGUGGAGUUCCCCUGGAGCCACAAAUUGCUCGACUCGCCGAUUGCGUGCGGCACCACACGACAAUUGACGUAUUGGUCGCUACCCCUGGUAGAUUGAUCGACGUCCUCACCUCAUACGACGAAAAAAGAGGAAAUUCAAAUGCCAAGGACGCUGCCAUGGAACGGCGGUUGCUAGCUGCGAUUGAUAACUCUGACGACGGAGAGGUGUCACUUGAAGAAUUACAAAUGUUGGGACUGGAUACCAUACACCGAGACGACGAUGAAAACGACGACGGAAGUGACGGUAGAAGUCAAUUGAGAAAUGUUCUGAAUGGAUUGCGAUAUCUUGUAUUCGAUGAAUCGGACAGACUUCUGGGAAAUGGAUUUAAGGCUGAAGUAGAUAGCGUGCUGAACUUGAUGUCGUCUACUCCUGCGACAUGGUUGUUCUCGGCUACCUUCCCAAAAUCUAUCGAACCACGUCUAGACAACGUUCUAUCGUCCAUCGGAGCAACUAAGUCACCUGUUCGUCUCGUAUGUGCCAAUUCGGAUCGAAAAUCAGAAGGAGAUUCAACCAUAAGUACUUCUCUCAAGAAGAAAUUGGAACAAUCCAAAACCGUCACGUCCGCAUCAAAGUACCAGCAGGUGGGUCCUGCCUCAACCAUUCGCAUUCGAAACAUCCGAAUGGAAAAGACAGACCGGACGCAGGUAUUGCGCAAAUUAUUGGAGGACGACUACAGAGAUGAAUGGGAUCGGGUCUUAGUCUUUGUGUCGACUCGGUAUGCCUCGCAACAUGUCAGUCGCAAGCUCCGUCGUUACGGGAUUCGGAGCAGUGAGUUGCACGGAAAACUCGAUCAAGACGCACGCAUGCGUCGUUUGGACGAUCUAAAGAAGGGAAAGAUCCAAGUUUUGCUUUGCACGGAUGUGGCGAGUCGAGGGAUUGAUAUUUCAGGCUUGGUAAGUUUUUUCGGAAUCAUGAUUUUAAAAUAGAAUGGCAUUCUACUAUUCUUUGCUACGUGUUUGUGUCUUGCUGACGUUUCACUGUACACAUCUUUCUCCUUUUGCCGCAUCCAGCCCGCCGUUGUCAACUACGAUCUACCACGAUCCACUUCGGAUUUCGUACACAGAAUCGGAAGAACUGGACGAGCUGGACAAGAGGGAGUAGCCGUGAGUUUUGUGACACCAUCCGUUGCAGCUCACAUGGAUUUGAUCGAAAAACGGCAUUUGGCAAGUCCCCCCGAACGAGAAGUAUUGCCAGGAUUCGAACCGAAUGAGGAGCGCUGGAAAAUAGAGGCAGAAGGAGCUAGGACAAGCAUUCCAGGAACACAGCAUUCCUCAAAAGGAUUGGAGCACGACAAGAUGUUUGGUGGUACGUACUUCUUCAGUUUUCAUAGUUUUUGCCUUGUUUUUUUCAUACGUAUCAUUUGCUUGUUUCGACAGCCAGAAUACUCACCAUCGUGUUUUUGAAUGCAACAAUUACGUUCUCGAAGGUAUCAAGGGGCAUAGAAAAAGCAAAAAGGACAAAAAACGAGAAGCGGCCGCGAGAGCAGCUGCAUUGAAACAAAAAUAGUCAAUCGAU